AUGGCAGGAAGCAACAUAAGAGAAGCAAUUUUCGUCACUGAAAGAGAAGCAUUUGUUCCUGAAGACACUUUGACAGUACAGUGCGUGAUUUGGAAGCAAAGCAGAACACCUGUUAAAACCAGACAUUUAUCUGCCCGAACAGUUUUCAAAGUAAAUCGGAGAUCUUUCUGUUGGAAAAUCGACGAAUUCAGUACCCUGAAGCCUGGAGUAAGAACCAGGAUCAAGGACGAUUUCAUUGAUUUUGAUCUCGUUUUAAAUGAAGGACUUGACUUUGGAAAAAAGCUGGUCAUGGAUGGCGUUUUACUUGAUAAGAGCGUAAAAUAUUUUUCUUUUAAGACUUGCAUCAUAGACUCGGAAGGUAAAAAGACAGAUAGCGAAACCCAUGAAUAUUUUGAAUCCGAUUUGAAAAGAGGAAUAUCAUCAACUCUGCUCUUCGUUGAUAAAUUGCUGGAAGACAAACACCGAAAUUUGCCAAAUGAUGUUCUAUCUCUCGAAUGUGAAUACGUCUCUUCGAAUGGGACUGUCUUAUAUGAAGUCUGUGGCUGCGGAAUAAUUUCUCCAAAAACAACGAAUGUGACUAUCGAAAAAGGAAACGAACAUCGUGUAGGGAAAGAGAAAAAUGAAUACCCACCAGCUCUGGUGAUUGACAUGAAAUCCAUGUAUAAAGAUGGGAUUUUCAGCGACAUGGAGCUUCGUACUUCAACGCAAUCCUUUCCAGUUCACAAGAAUAUUUUGAGUGUCAGAUCCCCAGUGUUCAGGAGAAUGUUCAGCAAUGACAUGAAGGAGGUGAACAUUGGAUGCGUCGAUAUCACCGAUUUGGAGGAUGAUACUGUGCGCCGAAUGAUUCAGUAUAUUUAUACAGACUCUCUGGAAGAUUUGCAGUUGGAAAAUGCAAUCAAAUUGUACGUGGCUGCGGAUAAGUAUGAGAUUCUGUCGCUAAGAAGCAGGUGUUCGUCUUUCUUGAGAGACAAUUUGUGUCUAAACAAAGCUUGUGACAUUUUAGUUGUCGCUGAUUUAUACCACGAUGAAGACCUGAAAACCGCUGUCCAAGACUAUAUGCUGAAAUAUGACGAAGUUUUUUGCUCGCAGGAAUGGAAUCUUAUCAUGGAUACUAAUCUUAAAUUGGCUGCAGAAACGAUGUAUCGGAAAUUUCUGCCUGGCUAA